AUGUGGACUGAUGAUCAAUUACGUUUAUUAAUAAACGAAAGAAAAAACAAAAAUACCGAGUAUCAUGAUAUCCCUGGUAGUAGUAGGGUAGAUUUCUGGAAUAGCAUGGCAAAUACAAUCAAUGACCGAUUCGGAACCAGUUACACGGGACAUCAAUGUAAAAAUAGAUUCCAAAAUCUUGUUAGAGAUUACAACUCAAUGUGUCUAUAUAUAGCUGGAAGUAAAACCGGAAAGAGAAGUAGGGCUGGUGAACGAUAUUUUGAAGAAUUUAGUACUCGUUUUUGGGAUAGGCCCGAAACCCCAUUUGACAGGUUGCACAAUGAAAAUAUAUCUACAAGAAGACGUUAUCUUAAUCGUACACCACCAACAUACAGAGCGACAUCAAUUUCAAGCCGUCGUGAGUUCACUACCAUUCAAAGGGAUCGUUCAGCUUCUCCCAACCAUAGAGAUUUCAGUAAUAGGAGAGAAUAUAUUAAUCGAGAUAAUACUAAUAACGUCGUAAGUAGGCCUCUGGCUGUAAAUAAUACAGGCGGAGAUUCGGGUCAUAAUGCGGAUGAUGUGAGUGGAAAUUUAAAUAAUGCGACAUACAAAUCUUCAUCUGAUUUGGCGAAUAAUAUAUCCGCGUCAAAAAAUGACAGUGAAGUUAGUAUGCGUGAUGUAGGAAGUAGUCAACCAGUAAAAGUUAUAAGUGAGGAUAGUUAG